AUGGGACAUCUCAGGGAGGUACUGGCUAUGGCCCAGGAGGUGGGUUGGGUACUGGAACAAGACCUGGCGGUGCUGGCACAGGACCUGGAGGAUAUGGUCCUGGCGGUGCCGGGACAGGACCUGGAGGAUAUGGUCCUGGUGGUGCCGGGACAGGACCUGGAGGCUAUGGACCUGGUGGUGCUGGCACAGGACCUGGAGGAUAUGGUCCUGGUGGUGCCGGGACAGGACCUGGAGGCUAUGGACCUGGUGGUGCUGGCACAGGACCAGGAGGAUAUGGUCCUGGUGGUGCCGGGACAGGACCUGGAGGCUAUGGACCUGGUGGUGCUGGCACAGGACCUGGCGGUGCUGGGGCAGGGCUUGGGCCUGGCAGUGGUGGUGUUGGUACAGGGUCUGGAGGAUUUGGACCUGGUGGUGCAGGGACUGGUCCUGGAGGAUUUGGACCCGGUGGUGCUGGGACUGGUCCUGGAGGAUUUGGACCCGGUGGUGCAGGGACUGGUCCAGGGACUGGUCCUGGAGGAUUUGGACCCGGUGGUGCUGGGACUGGUCCUGGAGGAUUUGGACCCGGUGGGGCAGGGACUGGUCCUGGAGGAUUUGGACCCGGUGGAGCAGGGACUGGUCCUGGAGGAUUUGGACCUGGUGGGGCAGGGACUGGUCCUGGAGGAUUUGGACCCGGUGGAGCAGGGACUGGUCCAGGUGGAUUUGGACCUGGUGGGGCAGGGACUGGUCCUGGAAGAUAUGGACCUGGUGGGGCAGGGACUGGUCCUGGAGGAUUUGGACACGCUGGUCAAGGACAAGGAUGGAGAAAACCUCCAAAAUCUGGUUAUGGUGGACCUGGAUACGGCCCUGGAGUGGGCCCUGGUGGAUUAUGGUCCUGGUGGAGCUGGGCUAAGACCAGGAGGAGGCUAUGGACCAGGGGGAGGAACAUCAGGGACAGGAACCACUGGAGGAGGCCCUGGUGGUGCUGCUGGAACUAGUUAUGGAGGUGUAGCUGGAGGAUUCUACCCUGGGGCUGGCCAAAAGACUACGGCCCAGAAAGCAGCAAAAUAUGCAGCAUUGCAAGCAUUUUUGGGAAAAGGUGGCUACAGAGGACGAAAGAGGAAGUGA